AGUACCGUGGCACCUUAAGGAUGACGUCACACCCGCACCACACAUGUGUUGUCUCCGUCUUACAAGUGCAUAACGUAUAUUUUACGCUCAGCGGGCUACGUUUGAAUCCCGGAAAAAAAAUUUUAAAAAAUUAAAAAAAUAUUAAUAGUAAUGAAAAUGCUAAAAAAUUCAUUUUUGUAUUACCAAUAUUAUGGUUUAUUGAGCGGUUGAGAGUAAAAACACAUAUCAUGUAUAUUGUAGAAGAGAAGCCAAUCUGUGCCUGUAUAAAAUUAAAUGUUCGAUAUAUUAAUUACUCGACUCAAAAAGUAAAAUAUCAAGUUUUAGAGCUAAUUAUUGGACAUUGAAAAUAUAUAGGAAUUAAUGGAAUUGAAAAAGAAUCCACAACUUCAUAUUCUGGAAGCAGAUCUAAUUGAUCAUGGAUCAUUCUUUAAUUUGGCUUCACAAGUUUCAAAUAUUGUUAAAGACAAAGGUCUCAAUGUCCUAAUUAACAAUGCUGGGAUAUCAUCAAAAUUUACUAGGAUUGGCUUAGUAAAAUCUGAAGAUUUACUAAACCAUUUCAAAAUAAAUACCAUUGGACCUAUAAUGUUAACACAAGCAUUAUUACCAUUAUUAAAAAUGGCUUCAGAAAAAGAUAAAUCUGCCACUGGAGUAUAUAAAGCUGUAAUUGUUAAUAUGAGUUCAAUUUUGGGUUCCAUCACUAAAAAUGAUCAAGGUGGUUUUUAUCCAUAUAGAACAAGCAAGACUGCCAUAAACGUUGCUACAAAAUCGUUGAGUGUUGAUCUUAAAAAUAAUGGAAUAUUGGCAGUUAGCAUUCAUCCUGGAUGGGUUAAAACUGCAAUGGGUGGUACAAGUGCACCACUUGAAGUUGAACAGUCUGUUACAGGAAUCUGCCACUUCUUGAAGAAUAUUAACAAAUCCCACAAUGGUGGAUUUUAUGAUUUUGAAGGAAAAGUACUUCCUUGGUAAAAAAUUAGUAUAAAUUACAAUCCUAAGAGGUUUAAAUAGUAUUAUUAAUAUGUAUAGUUUAGCACUUAUGUCAAAAUUAUUUUUAGUUAAAAACAAAUAUAACAUAUUUUUAAAUAAAACAUUUUGAGACCUUUA